AUGCCGAAGAGACGAGACAUCCUGGCUAUCGUGCUGAUAGUUCUGCCCUGGACACUCCUAAUCACCGUCUGGCACCAGAGCACCAUUGCUCCACUGCUUGCAGUGCACAAGGAUGAUGGUGGUGACUCCCAGCGGGAGUCUACUGCAGGCUUGGACUCCAAGGAAUACUGCCUGUUGGACCAGGACAUAGCGGAGGUGAUGAGGACAGAGUACGUGUACACGCGCCCACCACCAUGGUCAGACACACUGCCUACCAUCCACGUGGUCACCCCCACCUACAGCCGGCCGGUGCAGAAGGCAGAGCUGACCAGGCUGGCCAACACGCUGCUGCACGUGCCCAACCUGCACUGGAUCCUGGUGGAGGACUCGCAGCGCCUCACGCCGCUCAUCACACGCCUGCUGCGCGACAUGGGGCUCAACUACACGCACCUCAACGUGGAGACACCGCGCAGCUACAAACAAGUUUGCAGCUCCAGGGCUGAAUUUCAGCAUGUCCUGACAAUCUGGUUGGGCUUGAGUAGGGGAAGCUUUCCCACCUUUGCUCUUUGUUCAAGUCCAGGAUCUCAGGCACAAAGAGACCCCCCCAGGCAGCGACAGCUGUGUGUGCCCCCCCAGAUGCGCAGCACCAGGAAGGUGUCGGUGUGGCCCGUGGCCUUCGUGGGCGGCCUGCGCUACGAGUCACCCAAGGUGAACGCGGCAGGGAAGGUGUACGGCUGGAAAACCGUGUUCGACCCGCACCGGCCUUUCGCCAUCGACAUGGCCGGCUUCGCUGUCAACCUGCGCCUUGUCCUGCAGCGCCCCCAGGCCUACUUCAAACUGCGUGGCGUCAAGGGCGGCUACCAGGAGAGCAGCCUGCUGCGUGAGCUCGUCACCCUCGGCGACCUGGAGCCCAGGGCCGCCAACUGCACCAAGAUUUUAGUCUGGCACACAAGGACAGAGAAGCCUGUGCUGGCGAAUGAGGGCAAGAAAGGAUUCACAGAUCCUAGUGUGGAAAUCUGACUGUGCAGAGACCAACACCAGAAGAUUUCUUCAUGCACAGCCUGGAAGUUCCUCUGCACAGCACCCACCCAGUAGCCAGGCAGGAGCCAGCACCUCUGCAGCCCCCA